CUAGGACAUUUGUACAUGUUUCUAUUUUGAAACCAGCAGUGUAAUUUUUGUUAUUAGAAAUAGCAUCCAUCUUGUAGUUACUCUUAGUUUGCUAAAACAUGGAAGCACCUUACGACUAUCAGCUGGCCGUGGCUGAUUAUUAUUGGGAGGGGAGGCCGGCCGUGGAUCCAAAUGUAUGGGUUCCCGGCGUCCCUUUGGAGAUGACAGUUGCGCCAACUGCCAGCCAAAGUGGUCUGGUGGAUGGCUCUCCCGGACGGCCGCAGCUGAAGCUGAUUGAGGAGGAGAGUAUUGAUCAUCACUACGCGGUUGAAGUGUUCAAGCAAGCAGCACAAUCACUUCAGGAGGAACGUGACAAGAUGGAGACGAAGAUCCACAUGUUCCCUCCAAGCAUGGGGGAUCUGGCGGCCAAGUACGCCUUCCCCAAGGUGGUGGCCAUCGGCCCUUACCACCACGGCCGGACCCCGGCCCUCCGGCAGAUGGAGAGCACCAAGCACGUGGCCGCCUGGCACUUCAUCAACGACUCGGGCCGCUUGGUGGAGGAGGUGUACGGGGCGGUGUGCGCGGUGGCGGACGAGGCCCGCAGCCACUACGACGAGGACAAGGUGCGGGCUUUCGGCGACGACGACUUCAACCCUAUGAUGUUCUACGACGGCUGCUUCCUGCUGCAUUGGGUUGACGAGGCGGUGGAUCCGCUGCUGAAGGACGCUUUCAGCUCCAACUGCACCAGCAUCAGCUACGACAUCGCGCUGCUCGAGAACCAGCUCCCAUGGGUGGUGGUCCAAGAGCUGAUGCGCUUCAUGCCGACGCCCCCGGACCUGGUACGGUUCACCACGGAUUGGAAGGCCACUAUGCAGCCCACCGUACCGCUCCUAGACAACAGCCCUCUUGCAUGGGACGACAGCUACACGCCGCUGCAUCUUCUUGAGCUCCUGCGAUACUACAUCGUAGGGAGCACCACCGAGACGCCGGCCGAGCCCGACCUUCAUAAAAAUGCAGAGAAGAUAUCGAUUUCCGUCAGUGCCAUGGAGCUUGCGGAGAUCGGCAUCGAGAUCACGGCCACCAAGCCUACGGCAGAUCUGAAGGAAAUGGGCGUCAAUGAUAAGCCGCUCCUCACCGGCGAGCUUUUGCUGGCGCCACUGUCCCUGGACGAUGCAAACGCGAGCUUCCUCGUCAACAUGGCGGUUCUGGAGCUAUGCACGACCCCAGACUUUUCUGUAGAGGUCGAGGAGAAGUCUGCUGUGUGCUCCUACCUCUGCCUCCUGGGCAUGGUGACGGACAGCGAGGAGGACGUGCAGCAGCUGCGGAAGAAGGGUAUCUUGCUGGGAGGUGCAGGGCUGAGCAACAAGGACGCGCUGGAACUGCUCAACAGGGUGGAGAACCGGCUGCGACCCGGAACCCACUAUAUGAGGACCAUGGUGCUCAUCGAGAACUACAGGAAGAAGAGGCCGAGACGGAUCAAGUUUCACAAGUUCCAUUACAACUAUCGUAAAGCCAUCAUCUUGACGUUGUCCGGCAUUGCUGGACUUGCCAGCUUCCUCGGGGCGCUCAAGUCUCUCAACUCAAGUAAGAGCUAG